UAUUAUAAAUGUUACUAUUAAAUAUGUAAAUACUGUAUAAGCACAAAUAAAUAGUGCUUCAGUAGUGUACAAGUUAUAUGUCACAUUAGCAUAACUCUGAUUAUCUAUAUAGGUGUCAUAUAUUUUGUCUAGUAACCCUGAAUCUUAAAACUAACAGAAAGUAACCCUAGCUUGGUUUUCACUUUCAAGAAUGUUCCUCAUAAAACGCAUGCAAACCGGAAAUGCAAUGUGUUAAAUGUUUAUGAGAACCAACACUUUGUGCAAGUACUGUGACUGACAACCAGUAUCAAGUCGCUGAAAGUGCUCUUUGAAAUAGAGAAGGUAUGGCAACAGGAAACAAUUCUUCAUAUGACCAUGACUAUGAGUAUAUUGAUACUGCUACUCCAAAACCAAAAUCGAACCCAGUUGGCGAGGAUGGCUCCUGCAGAUGGGACUGUGCGGUCCUGGUAGUGGUCAAUAUUGUCAUUUUUGUCGUUGGGGUUUGUGGGAAUAACGUAGUUAUUUGGAUAAUAGGUCUCAAGAUGAAGAAAACCGUCAACUUGACAUGGUAUCUCAGCCUGGCGAUCUCCGACUUCCUGUUCUGCCUUUUCCUCCCUAUAAAUAUUGUAUAUAUGGCCACAGGAGACUGGAUCUUUGGACUCUCCAUGUGCAAGUUCACAUCCUUUAUAUUGUUCCUCAACAUGUUCAGCAGCAUCUUCCUACUGGUCAUCAUCAGUAUUGACCGCUGUAUCUCUGUGGUGUUCCCGGUCUGGGCACAGAACAAACGCACAGUGAAGAAGGCAUCCAUCGUCAUCAUCCUGGCCUGGACUGUCUCCAUUGCUCUAAGUUUUCCUUCAACAAUUGUCCGGGACACAACAAUUGUCCGGGACACCAUGCAGAAAGAGGAAAUUAAGUGCUAUAAUAAUUAUGAGCCACCGUUCAGCCACUUUGCUGUUGUCUUCAGUCGGUUUGCGUGUGGGUUUGUUGUUCCUUUUUUAAUCAUUAUUUCUUGCUAUUCUGUCAUCAUCUGGAGAAUAAGCAGCAACCGAGUGACUAAGUCCUCUAAACCAUUGAAGGUCAUGUCUGCUCUGAUAGGUGCUUUCUUCAUUUGCUGGCUGCCCUAUCAUAUUGUUGUACUGAUGGAAAUAAACCCUAAAUAUGAGAAGUCACUUGGUAUCUACACAAAGGUGUCUGUUACUCUUGGUAGUGUAAACAGCAUCCUAAAUCCAUUCUUGUAUGCAUUUAUGGGUGAAGACUUUAAAAACAAAUUCUGGCGAUCUGUGCUACGCAAAAUUGAAAAUGCACUUGGCGAGGAAACACAUACCACAAACAGAUGGGUCUCUGGUUCUAGUGCAGUAGAAGCUUCCAAUGCAAAAGUGUCAACACACAUGUAAAAAAUUAACGAUUGCAAGAAUUCUAUUUUUAUUAUGCUAACUACAAUGGCCGUGUAAUGAGGAAAUGUUUUUCUUAAGCCAGUUGUGAAUAGACUACCUGAUGCGAUGUUCAUUUUAAGAUACUUUUCCAAAGACUAAAAAUUCAAGUAAACGGAUACAAAUUUAUAUUUAAAGAAUAUCCCAGCCUGGAUUCUGCUGGGAUGGGGAGCUGGGAAUCAUAUCUGCCCAUUGAGGGAAGGUAGAUGCCCCCCAGACCCAGCUCCAACCACCACCAUGCCAUCAUGCUCAGUCUUUGAAAUCUAGGAGCCGAGAUAGAGUUGGUAUGGGAGACAUAUAAGAUGACACCAGACCAAAGAUUUAUCCUUUAAGUUUUCUUAAUAUCCUUGGGAGUCUUAAUGUCUUUCAUGAAGUUACACAUGACAUGUGUAACACAUAAAAUUAAGUUACAAAUAAUGCAUAUAAUAAUAGCUACUUCAAUAUAAUCUGUAACAUUUAUUUUACAUUCUUCAUUUACUGUGUGUACUUUCUGUAAAUGAAUAAUAGGCUUUGAGGUAGUGUUUGCCUUUUAACUUGAUCAUUUUAAAGAGCAUAAUAAGUGUUAGUUUUCUGUAAUAAUCAUUUUUAAACUGAACAAUGUGUAAGUAACCUUUGUAACUCAUUUAUGUGGUUGAAUAAAAAUAAAAAGUGAAUUUUAAA